AUGCAUGCUUUAGUUGAUGAUCUGGAACACGCGACUAUUUAUCGAAAAGGUCCGGACGACAGCGAAGAAAGUGAUGGAGAAGGAGGGCUCGGUAAUCUCAAUAGAUUGAUUGUCCGUCCACCUGGACACAGUGGUAAGGCAAAACGUGGGCAUUUGUGCUUCGAUGCGGCGUUUGAGUGCGGCAACUUAGGCAGAGCUGAUCAUAUCACGGAGCUGGAGUACGACUUAUUCAUACGACCAGAUACAUGUCGGCCUCGAUCUCGAUUUUGGUUCAAUUUCACAGUGGAAAAUGUGAAGCAGGAUCAGCGAGUCAUUUUUAACUUGGUAAAUUUGGGCCAAGAGUUUACACUAUAUAAUGGCGAUAUGACUCCGUUAGUGCGAUCUACGUCACGGUCAAAAUGGCAGCGUAUUCCGAGACGUUUAAUUUUCUACCAUCGUUCAAUUGUUCAUCGAGGUCGAAAAAUAUUAACAUUAGCGUUCGGAUUUGAUCGAGAGGAAGAUAUAUAUCAAUUUUCAGCUGGUUAUCCUUAUUCUUAUUCAAAGUUACAGAAACAUUUGAGUAUCUGGGAAAAGAAAGCGGAAGGAUUUGCAAAAAGAGAAUCAAUUGCACAAACUACGCAAAAGCGGCGAAUCGACCUUAUAACUAUAGAAGAUUUCAUAAAAGGUAAAGUCGACUCAAAGAAACGUGUGGUGCUCAUAUUGGCCCGAACACAUGGUGGAGAUUCUCCGGCUUCUUACAUAUGUCAAGGUUUCCUGGAUUUCCUUGUAAGUUCGUCGGAAAAGGCUCAAGCUUUACGAAAUAAUAUCGUCAUUCAGGUUGUUCCAAUGGUAAAUCCAGACGGUGUAUUCCUGGGGAACCAUCGAUCUGAUCUUUUGGGUUCAGACCUCAAUCGUUGCUGGAACAGAGCUACAAGCUAUGCCCACCCCGCACUAAUAGCCAUUAACGAGCUCGUCAAGAAAAUCACUGCAGAAAAAACUCUACAAUUAGAUUUCAUCAUAGAUCUACAUUCUGACAUCAUUCAUGAGGGAGUUUUUGUACGAGGGAACUCGUAUGAUGAUGUAUAUAGAUUUGAGCGUCACGCAGUACUGCCAAAAUUCUUAGCGAUGCGGGUAGAGGCGUGGCAGACGGGCUCCUGUAUUUACAACGCGGACGCGUUGCUAGCGGGCAGCGCCCGUCGCGCGCUACCUGUGGGUGCGGUCGACGCGUACUCGGUACUAGCUUCCUUGGGCGGCCGGAGACUUAACUCUAGAGGACCGAGUAAUUCCACCGCGUGUUGGCGCCCCUUCCAAAAAGAAGGAGGUUCGUGGCAGGCGCAGGCGGAGGCGACCAGUAUAUGA